CUGUAGAAGAAUUUACUUUUAUUGACAUUUUAUAUAUUUUUAUAGUUGCUUAGAAUAGUUUUAAAAUGGCCUUGUUUUAAAAUAGAAAAAAAAUGCAUUUUUCAAUACCGGACACACAAGAACUGAAGGAUAAAGGUGGUUCACUGUUUGUGGGCUACAAUAUUCAUAUCAAUGGUGUGUUUCACUGUACUGUUCGUUACCGACAGUUACAUAAUCUUCAUGAGCAACUAAAAAAGGAAUAUGGAGGUGACAAUUUGCCAUUAUUUCCACCUAAAAAACUAUUUCCACUCUCUGCCAGUCAGCUGGAAGCAAGACGUAUUUUGUUGGAGAAAUAUAUUCAAUCUGUCUGCCAAGAUCCACAACUUGCAAAUUCGGAUGUCUUUAAUGGAUUUUUGUUGUCUGCCCAACAAGAAACCAGUUGUGAAGUGAAUGAAAAUGUACCUUUAAAUGUUUAUUUAAUGAAUGGUACAAUAGUAUCUGUUCAUGUUUCAACCACAGAAAAGUCAGAUGAAGUGUUGGAGAAAGUUUGCCUACAUCUUGGGUUGCCUAAAGAACAUACAUGCUAUUUCUCUUUGUUCCUUAUUAAACGUGAAGAGGAUGGAGACAUAACAAUUCUGAGAAAACUUCAUGAAUUUGAGUCUCCCUACAUCUCUCAGAAAACUAUUAAAGAUGGUCAUCGAAUAGUACUAAGGAAAAGUUAUUGGGACAAUUAA